GUCUGGCAUACACGUUCGCCGGCUUCUCUGCCGGAACAAAACCCCCAACCCGUUCAGAAAAUGAGGCUCCGAUACUACUGAUAGCGGCAGUCUCAAUUUCUGAACGCCACCUACCUCCCGCCAGAGGCGCGUGUCUCAAACUCCCCCUGAAGUACACGUGUUCCGCCUCUCAAUUUUCUCACUUUCCCCCAUAAAAGAAACAAUUUAAAAGCUCCCCCCCACUUAAAUUCUCCAGUCCCUUCAGUUUUAAGUAAAGCACAGAGAGAAAUAGGUAGUGGUAAGUGCAAAAUGGAAUUCAAAUAUAGAGCUGUGGAUGAACCACCGCCACCUCCGCCGCCGCAGCCGUAUUACAGACACCCGACGGCGUCGUCCUCGGGCUACAGUUACUUCACUGAACAAGCCAUCAGAGCGGGCUAUAGAAUUCCAAGCUCUGGAAGGGCCAAUGAGUAUUUCAAUUCUGGCCCUGGAUGGGCCAAUGGUUGUUUUAAUGCGGAUUUUGGACAAGUAAAUGAGUACAUUAGGAAUCGACUCGAUGUCCGUGAGGCAAUUCAGAGAGAACUUGAGAAGGAGCGGAUUAGGGAAGAAAUCAUUGCGGCGGAGAGACAAGCACUGGAGGCUGAAGUAAGGAGGGAGAUGAUGAUGGAGAGAGAAUUAGCCAUUCGGGCCAGAAGAGGGCUAGUUGAUCCAUUUGAUAGGUUUUCGUUUCCAUUUGGAGGUGCGAUGGAGUUUCAGCCUAGAGAUGUUUUGUUUCUGCAUAAUAAAGGGCAGUCGUUAGAGGAGAGAAUUGCAAUGUCCCUAGAAGAGAGGCUAGGAAUGAGGGAGAGACAUGAGACUGGGAGACUUGGGAUGGUGCCGCUUCAGCAUGGAAGCAUAGAGCCAAAGAUUAAAGAGUUUAUGUCAUCUCCAGCAGACGUUAAAAAAGACAAAAUUGUUAUACUGGCUAAACCUGAUGCAUCACUUUUGGGAGCAAAGCGGAAAGCUGUUCCACCGGAAGAAGAGGGUGCAGGUGACCUCUCAGGUGGAGUUUCAAAGAAGAAAGUGGAGGAGGAAUGGAGUUGUGCGCUUUGUCAGGUUAGUGCCACAAGUGAGCGGGGCCUGAAUGAUCACAUCCAAGGAAAGAAACACAAGUCCAAAGAAGCUGCUUUGAGGGCGCAGAGGAAUGGUAAUAAUAUUGGCAUCGGCACAUUCCCCAAGAAAGACAUCAAGCCUUCAGUGGAAGUUGCUCAUAAGAUCAGCUCAGAGAUGGGACUGAAAUCAAGGGGAGAACUGUCGCAGUUUAAUCAAACUAGGGAAUCUUCGCUUCAGAUUAAUUCAAGUACAGAACGGACAAAAGAAAAUAAUGUGUCAAUUUCGGAAGAAAGUGAUAAGACAGACAAUACAAGGAAGAAAAACUUGGGAGUUCAGAAAGCCCCCAACAAAGGGCAAAAGAAGAAGAAAAUAUGCACAUUUUGGUGUGAGAUGUGCCAAGUAGGAGCCUACAAUGAAAGUGUGAUGGAAGCACAUAGAAAGGGGAAGAAGCAUAUGACCCGGCUUCAAGAAGCUGAUGAAGCUACCAUAGGAGAUAAUAUAAAUAAUGAAGAUGCUGAUGGGGCUGUGUUAGGAAGAUGAUUAUCAGGCAGCGAGAAGACAUGAUAAUGGUCUUGACUGUUAUAUUUCAGGUUAACCUUCUGCAUAAAUAUCUAGCUGCUGAAAUUGUUGGAGAGAUGCAACCUGAUUUCCAAAGGCAGUAAUUCCAGUUACUGUUCCCGCCCCGACAACCCCCCUCCCCUCCCCCCAAAAACCCCAUCCCCGGUCAUGGCUGCAAUUCAAAUGUCUGUAACUUUAGCUUGUGUAAUUUUGCCUAAUGUAGCAUAUUUGCCAUGCUGUUGAGAUUUAGCUGUAAAUAACUUCUAAGAUUUCAGAAACCCCAGAUUGGUUGAAAUAAGAAACAUAACUAGUAGCUAGGUGUGUUUGGAUUGCCAUUU